AUAAAUGAGUAUACCACAAGCCAGUGUGCACCCUGUAAACAGUUAUAGUAAAAAGUAUCGACAAGAUGCCUUCUUAUCCCGGAUCCUGCUUCUGUCGCAACAUCGAGUACCGGCUCACGCUGGCCUCCCCCGACGACGCCCGCACCUCCCUCUGCCACUGUCGGAACUGCAAGAAAGCAUUCGGGACAAACUACGGCCUAACAGCAAAAGUCUCCAAAGACGCCGUGAGCAUCACAAAGGGCACGCCCAAGGAGCACGUCUCAAGUGACGAGGGCGCCGUGCACCGCGCGUUCUGUGACACGUGUGGGAGUUUCAUCUGGGAGUAUGGGGACGCCGUCAAGGACCGGUUCCGAUAUAUCUGUGUCGGGUCGUUGGAUGAUCCCGAGGCGUUGCCGCCCAAAGGGGAAUUCUUUUGUCGCUCGAGGGCGAGCUGGAUGCCUGAGAUUCCGGGUGAGUGGACAGUCGAUGGUUUGCAGAGCCUGCUCUAACAGACGUAGGCGUCUUCCACAAGCAGCAGAUUAAGGAGUGAUUCGCGGACGGGAGG